CUACAGUUGCUAGCGGCUUUAUUAAUUGGAGCACUAAUAGAUCCAGUUUAUAGUUGUUUUGGUGCUGGUGGUGGUGGAUGCUGCUGUCCACCAGCCAAACCAUCUUGUGGUUGUGCUAGUACAUGUGGUGGUGGAGGUUAUCCCACACCACAAAAAGGAUACGCAGCACCGCCACUUCCACCUCCACUUCCACCUCCACCUCCACCUCCACCUCCUGCCUAUGCGGUACCCGCACCACCGCCGUCUGCCUAUCCGGCACCACCUCCACCACCUGCUUAUGGGCCACCUCCACCUCCUGCCUAUGGGCCACCUCCACCUCCUCCCUAUGCGCCACCUCAACCUCCACCUCCUUCAUAUGGGGCACCACAACUACCACAACAUUAUGCAUCACAACCUGCUUAUGGAGCACCAUCAUACGGUGGUGCAGGAGAUGCUUACGGUAGCGGAGGAGCAGGCUAUGAUGGAGCAGGUGGUUACGGAGGUGGCGGCCCUUCACAGUACGGUGGUGGUGGAGGAGUAGGCGGAAUUAAUGGAGUGGCUGCACCUGAAUUACCACCACAACCACCACAAGCAGCACCUUCAUCAGUCCAACAAUCACCAGUCAAUCAACAAUCAUUUCAGGAGCAGUCAUCAGCAUUGACUGCGGAAGCUCCUCCUAUAGCCGCACCUGCUCCAGCAUCUUCAUUUCAGGAGCAAGCACAACCGCUGCCAGCGGCUUCUUCAGCAUUUGCGGAACAAAGUAGCGGAGGAGCGCUAUCACAAACAUAUCAAGAUAGUGGCGCUGAUAGUCAGGCCGGUAGCGGUUAUCGUGAUCGAUUGAAAUUUUCGAAAAAAAAAGCCUAA